GGGGGUGGUGUUUACUGUAUAGGAAGCCAAAACUCAAGGGAAAUAGGGGGUACGUAGGACCAGCUUCGUUGGCAUUGACAUUUCCACAACUCAAAAUCUCCCAACAACAAUAAUUUAACUUCAGCCCCCCUUGAGUUCACCACCUUCCCUUCCCUCUCUCUUCAUGACUUCAUCCACCACCACCUUUCCUCCUCAAUCCCUUAUGAAUCUUCUUUAGCCUCUUUUUUUGCAUUCUGCACAAAAAUCCCAUCUAAUUCGCCUUCAUGGAGGAAAUCCCAUCCACAUUGCCCAGAAAAUUAGUGGGAAAAAUAUCGCACCAGAAUAUUAAUCCCGAUCAUAUGGCCAGUACUCAUUCUUCCGGUCAACAACCUUUGGCCGUCAUCCGCCGCACACGGCGGCAAGAGAGGCGCGGAAGAAGCAGAAGAUCAAAGAAAAGCAAUGCCAAGAACAUUGCAACCCAGAUGACGGACACCACAGAUCAUAGCUGCUGUAAUAGUAAUAAUAAUAAUAAUACUUCAACAAAUUGUAGUAGCAUCAACGAAGAAGAAGAAGAUGAAGAAAAUGGCGGCGAAGAGGUUGAGGAUAAGAUUAUGGCAUUGCAGAAAAUUGUGCCCGGAGGGGAAUCUCUUGGCGUUGACAAACUGUUUGAAGAAACGGCUGGCUACAUUCUGGAGUUGCAGUAUCAAGUCAAAGCCUUGAAAUUUCUCGCUACCUUUGUUCAAGGUUCAGAAAAGGAAAAGAGAAAACUCGGAGGUUGAUUAAAAUUAAAAUUAAUUUGUUUCCUGUCCUUUUUCUUCGUUUUGUUGUUUUUGUUUCUUUUUGAUGUUUUGGGAGGGGAUUAGAACAUAGAAGGGCAUUUUUUUUUUUCAUUUGUUCUUUUAAUUUCUUUGCUAAUUAUGUGUUCAUCUUGAACAUAAGGAUUAGUGAUUUAGAUUUUAGAGGGUAGGUAGCUAGAGGAUUAGUAUGAUCAAUGUAAGAAAUAUAUAGGAUUCUCUUGGAUCUCCAACUUUUUGUAUGUUUCAGUAAGUAGGAUUUGGUCAUUUUUGUUACCUUGUUGGAGACAAUUUUUUUCACCCAUGUUCUCCAAUCUUAGCUCUUGUGAUUGUUGUGUCUUUGAAUAAAUUCCAAGAUCUUGGUAUAGUC